AUGAUAUAAAUUUUACUUCUCUACAGUAUUGUAGUAAGUGCAUAAAAAUUACUUAAAACACUUGAACUUGAUGUAAAUAAUAAAAUUUCAGGAAUAAUUAAUGUAGAAAAGAAUGAUGAAAACUUAUUAAUAGUAUUUUAUUUUGAUACUGCAACUUACCCUAUUGCACUAGUGUCUUAAGAGGAAAUUUAAGACUCUGACUUUAAUACAACGGUAAAGCCAAUAUUUAUUGAAAGUAAAAAGGUUGUUUUUUUUGAUUAUGAAUCAAUUUAAACCCAUUAUUCUACCCAUAUGGUUGAAUUAAAAUAUAUGGAGAACAUAUAUUAUUAUGCUAAAGAUAGAUUUGGGCCUUUUAAAUUAAAAAUAUAAGUUUAUUCAAAACCUCAUUCUAUAUGCAUUAACAAUUGUUAAGGAUUUCUGAUUAAUAGUAUCAAACAAAGAUCUAAGUGUAAUAAAAAAUGUGAAUGCGAAUCUGGAUAUUUUGGAUCAUAUUGUCAGUUUGAAAUAAUAAAUAUAGAAUAAGAUGUAAAUUAUAAGAUUCAUUUAAUUCCCCAUAAAGCUGUGUAUUUAUCAUUUUAAUUGGAAUAAGAAGCUAUAUUAAUUGCAGAUGAUGUCAUUGAUCCUAUUAGUAUAAAAUAAAUCAAUUUUUAUAGCUGCUAGUUUUGGUGUUCAAGGAAAAAAAGGUUUCGAGAUUCCUGAUUAAACAUCAUAUACUGCCAUACUCCAUAGUCAAUUAAGUUUAACAAAAUUGAUUCAAAAUUUAAAAUUAUAAUUUAAGGAUGCUAAAACAUUGAUAAUAGGAUUGUAUAGUCGUAAAGAUUAAAUAAUAAAUGUAACACUUAAACAAGAGCAAACUGCCUCAAUAUGGAGUGGUAAUUGUUUGUUUUUAGCUUUUGCCUCUUUUAAUAUAAUAAUUAUAAUACUUUGUUUUGGAAUUACAAAUCUAUGUAGAUAAAAAGAGAUUACAGUGAAAAAAAAGAGAAAAAUAAAGAUUAGACCUCCAAAAAUAGAGGAUCCUAAAAAUUUCUCAGGUUCAUUUUUUAACAAAUAUUUUGAAAUUUAUGAUUAUGAAGAUUUCAUAUAAAUAAAUCCUCAAUAUAAUUAGAAUACUUAAUGUGUAGUUUGUAUGGAGGAUUUAAAUCAAAAAGAAAUUAGUAUAACCCCUUGUGGUCAUAUAUUUCACUAUUAAUGUUUAAAGAAAUGGUUAAUGAGAAUACUUAAUUGUCCUUCCUGUAGAUUCUAAAUUACUUAUUAACAAGUUGUUGAAGGUGGAUGGAUUGGUAGUAAAAUUUUAUAAAAUCCACUUUGUUAAUAAUAAAAUUGUAAAUCACAUUCAGGUAUUCAAAGAAGUAAUUCUUUAAUUGAAAACAAUGAAAAUACAGAUAAUGUUCAAAUGGUUGAAAAAGGAGAUGAUAAUUGUAAAUGCCUAAACAAAGAAUUCUGA